AUGUCUUAUAAUGAGGAGCAAGAGAAAGUGGUGUUGUCGGUGCUGUCCCAUGACAAGCAUGCGUUCUAUGACAUUCUGAAUGUGGAGCGCUCCAGCAGCGAUGUGGAUAUCAAGAAAGCGUACAGGAAGCUCGCCAUCAAGUUACACCCGGAUAAGAACCCCUACCCGAAAGCACACGAGGCGUUCAAGCUCAUCAACAGGGCUUUUGAAGUGCUCAGCGACUCGCAGAAGAGACAGAUAUACGACCAGAUAGGCAGGGACCCCGAUGACAGGUCCUCCGGUAUACCGAGCAGUGCAGCUGCGGGCGGCGGCCGCGGUGCAGCUGCUUACGGCCCAGGAUUCGAAGAGUUCAACCCUUUCCAACAGUUCUUCUUCCAACAACGGCAACAGCAGAUGUUCCCACAGGAAGACCUUUUCGACUUCUUGUUCAAUGGAGGUAUGGGGGGCGGCCCAGGCGCUUCAUUCUCCUUCGGCGGACCUGGCGGGUUCCGCAUGUACACAACAGGCAACGGCCCUUUCCAAAGAGCAAGGUUCAGAAGAGCAGAUCCUAGAGAGGCUUAUAGACAACAGCAGCAACGCCGCCAAGGAAAUCAAGAAAAUGAAUUGGUCAACUCGGAACUUUACGAAAUGCUGCGGAUACUCGCUCCUUUCCUGCUGCUUUUCCUACUGCCAUUGCUGGAAAGGUUCAUUUUUGGUUAG